CAGGUGUUUCUCUCGGGAGUCGAAGGUGAAUCCCUCUCACACACAAACACACACUUCUGCUCUCUGUCACUUCCCGGAUUCCGCGUGUCCCGUCAGAGUCUGUGGAAAGUUUUGAAGUUGUGUUCUUGUUAAGAGAGAGAGAGAGAGGGAGGGAGGGAGGAAGGAAGGAAGGAAGGAGGCGCGUAUCUGGCUGAGUCCACCGCGGAGGCUCCAGCGCUCUUCACUCGGCUCCAGCAGAAGCUCCGUGUUUGCUGUGUGUUGUAUGCGGAUCUAAGCUCCAGGAUGGCGGCCGUGAAGGCGCUGCAGCAGUGGUGCCGGAUCCAGUGCGACGGAUACCGGGACGUGACCAUCACCAACAUGACCACGUCGUUCAGGGACGGACUGGCUUUCUGCGCCCUCAUCCACAAACACAGACCCGAUCUCAUCAAUUUUGAUUCACUGAAGAAGGAAAAUGUCUACGACAACAACAAACUGGCGUUCAGCGUCGCGGAGGAUGAGUUGGGAAUUCCAGCUCUGUUGGACGCAGAAGACAUGGUCGCUCUUAAGGUCCCCGACCGCCUCAGUAUCCUGACAUAUGUCUCGCAGUACUACAACUACUUCCACGGACGCUCCCCGAUUGGUGGGAUGGGAGGUAUAAAGCGUCCGGCCGAGCCGACCCCACACGAACCGCCUGGAAAGAAGAACCAGCCAGUGGUGGCCAAAGUGUUUCCCUCAUCCAAACCUGCCAGAGAGAACAGCCCUCCCCCCUCCUCCAACAUCACACGGCAUUUUCCUUCACCAAAACAAACCAGAAACAUCACCAAGGACGUUCCAGUUGAGACACCGCAUCAGACGGGCACACUGAGUAACAAAUGUGUCUCCUGCAACAAGCACGUUCACCUGGUGCAGCGACAUCUAGUGGACGGAAAGCUCUACCACAGGAACUGUGCAAAGUUACUGUCAACAAACUCAACUGCAUCUUUUAGAAAUUCUUCAACAAACAGCCCGGUCUCCAAAGUCACUCCACUACCAGACAUGACGAAAACCAGCACAACCACACCUGCGCAAACACCCUCCAGACAGGGACCAACAUGGCGGAUGGACAAACCCAGCACCACAUCUAACUUCUCCACCAACGUUUCCUAUUCAUCUCCUUCCAGGUCUGUUUCAGGUGUCUCUUCUCCAUCUAGAUUCUCCACUACCGUUUCCUCUUCAUCUCCUUCCUGUUCUGCUUCAGGUGUCUCUUCUCCAUCUAGCUUGUCCACCACAGUUUCCUCCUUGUCCCCUUCCAAGCCUGCUUCAGGUGUAUCUUCCCCUUCUAGCUUCUCUUCCACUGUUAGGUCUUUGUCUCCUUCCAGGCCGGUUUCACGUGUCUCUCCCCCAUCGAGCUUGUCCACCACAGUUUCCUCUUUGUCUCCUUCCAAGCCUGCUUCAGAUGUCUCGUCCCCAUCUAGCUUUUCCACCACUGUUAGGUCAUCGUCUCCUUCCAAGCCUUCUUCAGGUGUCUCUUCCCCUUCUAGCUUCUCUACCACUGUUAGGUCGUUGUCUCCUUCCAAGCCUGCUUCAGGUGUCUCUUCCACAUCUAGCUUCUCCACCAAUGUUAGGUCUUCGUCUCCUUCCAGGCCGGUUUCACGUGUCUCUCCCCCAUCUAGCUUGUCCACCACAGUUUCCUCUUUGUCUCCUUCCAAGCCUGCUUCAGAUGUCUCGUCCCCAUCUAGCUUUUCCACCACUGUUAGGUCUUUGUCUCCUUCCAAGCCUGCUUCAGGUGUCUCUUCUCCAUCUAGGUUCUCUACCACUGUUUCCUCUUUGUCUCCCUCCAGGUCUGCUUCAGGUGUCUCUUCCCCAUCUACCUUCUCCACCACUGUUAGGUCAUCGUCUCCUUCCAAGCCUGCUUCAGGUGUAUCUUCCCCUUCUAGCUUCUCUACCACUGUUAGGUCGUCGUCUCCUUCCAGAUCUGCUUCAGGUGUAUCUUCCCCAUCUAGCUUCUCCACCAAUCUUAGGUCUUCGUCUCCUUCCAGGCCGGUUUCACGUGUCUCUCCCCCAUCUAGCUUGUCCACCACUGUUUCCUCUUUGUCUCCCUCCAGGUCUGCUUCAGGUGUCUCUUCCCCAUCUACCUUCUCCACCACUGUUAGGUCAUCGUUUCCUUCCAAGCCUGCUUCAGGUGUCUCUUCCCCAUCUAGCUUCUCCACCACUGCUCGGUCUUCGUCUCCUUCCAGGCUGGUUUCACGUGUCUCUCCCCCUUCUAGCUUGUCCACCACAGUUUCCUCUUUGUCUCCUUCCAAGCCUGCUUCAGGUGUCUCUUCCCCAUCUACCUUCUCCACCACUGUUAGGUCAUCGUUUCCUUCCAAGCCUGCUUCAGGUGUCUCUUCCCCAUCUAGCUUCUCCACCACUGUUCGGUCUUCGUCUCCUUCCAGGCUGGUUUCAGGUGUCUCUCCCCCUUCUAGCUUGUCCACCACAGUUUCCUCUUUGUCUCCUUCCAAGCCUUCUUCAGGUGUCUCUUCCCCAUCUACCUUCUCCACCAAUGUUAGGUCUUCGUCUCCUUCCAGGCAUGCUUCAGGUGUCUCUUCCACAUCUAGCUUGUCCACCAAUGUUAGGUCUUCAUCUCCUUCCAGGCCAGUUUCACGUGUCUCUCCCCCAUCUAGCUUGUCCACCACAGUUUCCUCUUUGUCUCCUUCCAAGCCUGCUUCAGGUGUCUCUUCUCCAUCUAGCUUCUCUACCACUGUUAGGUCAUCGUCUCCUUCCAGGUCUGUUUCUGGUGUCUCUUCCCCAUCUACCUUCUCCACCACAGUUUCCUCCUUGACCCCUUCCAAGCCUGCUUCAGGUGUCUCUUCCCCAUCUAGCUUCUCCACCAAUGUUAGGUCUUUGUCUCCUUCCAGGCCUGCUUCAGGUGUCACUUCCACAUCUAGCUUGUCCACCAAUGUUAGGUCUUCGUCUCCUUCCAGGCCGGUUUCACGUGUAUCUCCCCCAUCUAGCUUGUCCACCACAGUUUCCUCUUUGUCUCCUUCCAGGCCUGCUUCAGGUGUCUCUUCAUCUAGCUUCUCUACCACUGUUUCCUCUUUGUCUCCUUCCAGGCCUGCUUCAGGUGUCUCUUCUCCAUCUAGCUUCUCCACCACUGUUAGGUCUUCGUCUCCUUCCAGGCCUGCUUCAGGUGUCUCUUCCACCUCUAAAGAAAGUCAGACUGCUUCUGCUUCCAAACCUACUGCGGCACGGACUGCGUGCGAGUCCACCUUUGCUACAACCAGAAUCAUCGACAGCAGGCCAACUCCUGCACCUCGCACCUCAACCACAGCAGCCAAGACGAUGCAGUCCAAGCUCAAGUUCUUCGAGUCGGACAGCAACACUAGCAAUGAAGAGAAAAAGACUUCAUCUAUUAAUGUGGACAUAAAUAAAGGGAUGCACACUGCCGGUGGGAAGGUCCAGGAGGUUACAGCAGGUCAGACUGUGACUGUGGUUGUAAAUUUUGAUGAUGCUGGCAAAAAGGCAACCAGCCCAAACUUGAACAAAGGUGGAGACCGAGCUAAAGCCGCUGUCAAAGGUGGGAAGGAGCGUUUGAAACCGACAGACGUUGAGAGCAAAAAAACCAAAGCAGAAGCAGCAGCUUUUCUCUCCAAGAAACUGGCUGAGGAGAACAACAACAACAACAUGACACCGUCAUGGACGACUGUAGCACUGAAGAAAACUGAGAAACCUUCUCAAGUUGAGAAUCCCAAGAGGGAGACACCGGCUGUCAGAGGGAGAGUGAGGCUGAGGGCUGACCCGUCACUCCUCGCUGACCUGAAGGUUCUGGACACACCAAAGUCUGCUCCAGCUUCUGUUCCGAGCCCGGUUCCGAGCCCGGUUCCGAGCCCGGUUCCGAGCCCGGUUCCGAGCCCUGCUCCAAGUCCAACCGUCAGGAGCAAACUGAGAACCAGGACUCCAGACAGAGGGAGCCCGAAGCCUGUCAAAGCUUCACCCAACACCUCAGCAUCAGAGAACGAGUCUCCUGCCGACUGGAGGUCGAUGCUCAAACCUGUCGGCAAAGAAACAAAACCGGCGAGUCCUCCACAGCCGGCUAAACCGCGGGGUAACCAGCUUUCUGUCGGGCCUUCCUCGUCCUCCUCUAAUGUCUCUAAGCCAAUCAUUUCUAUCACUCCACCACCAUCAAAGGGAUUUCAGAACGGUGCUGGAGAACAAACUGCAAAUGGCACCAAGACGGAGUCAAAGAAUGUGAAGAUGAAGCAGGACUACAUUCCCAAAGAAGACAUCCUAAAGGAACUUGACAACAUCGAAGAGAGCUUGAAUGAGUUGGAGAGGAGAGGAGUGGAGCUGGAGAUGAAACUCCGCCGCAGCGAAGAAGAGGGUGAAGAUGACUCUCUCAUGGAUGGGCUCAUGGUCGAGUGGUUCAACUUGAUCAGGAACAAGCAGGUGGCCAUGCGCCGGGAGUCUGAACUGGUUUACAUAGGGAGAACUCAGGAACUGGAGGAGCAGCAGCCCAGUGUGGAGCAGGAGCUCAGGACACUGAUGGAUAAACCAGAGCGUCUGAAAACAUCCUGGGAAAGAAAAAGGGAAAAGCAGCUGAUGGACAAACUGGUGGAGAUCGUCAACGACAGGAACGCCAUCGUGGAAGGUCUGGACGAGGACAGGCUCAGGGAGGAAGAGGAGGACCAGGAGCUAAACAAGAUGAUGAUGAAUUUCAAUAUAAAGAAAGACAAACCAAAGAAAAAGUCAUCGGUGGCCAGAAUCUUUGGCUGGGGAAACAAGAAGGAGGGAUGAAUGUGCUCCAGUUUGCUGCUCCUGUUCACGUCUCAAAGCCAUUUGCCCUAUAGUUCCUCAGAAAUUAGGCUCUGCCUCGUUACAAUCAGGUAUUUGUGUCCAUGAGGACUACUGGUCCUCACAAGGUCAGUAUUUAUGCCUAGCAAUUGUCCUAAAGAGGUAACAAAUACACACACACACACGUUUGCACAGUAUUUGUAGUGAGGACCCUAACCCUUAAACUAAGCCUUAAACCCUCAAGAAGCCAUAAAGAUGAUGUUGAGGGGUCAGUGACUCACCAGCUGUGUUGUGAUUGAGUUCACUGCUCUGCCUGUUAGUUAAUCCCCUUCUUAAUCUUAAUCUGUCUACUUAUUGCUCACACACACACACGCACACACAGGCACAUCUCCUCACUGAUGUGUACAGUAUCACUGAUGCUUGUGUACAGUAUCACUGAUGCUUGUGUACAGUAACACUGAUGCUUGUGUACAGUAUCACUGAUGCUUAUGUACAGUAUCACUGAUGCUUGUGUACAGUAACACUGAUGCUUAUGUACAGUAUCACUGAUGCUUAUGUACAGUGUCACUGAUGCUUGUGUACAGUAACACUGAUGCUUGUGUACAGUAUCACUGAUGCUUGUGUACAGUAACACUGAUGCUUGUGUACAGUAACACUGAUGCUUGUGUACAGUAUCACUGAUGCUUGUGUACAGUAUCACUGAUGCUUGUGUACAGUAUCACUGAUGCUUGUGUACAGUAACACUGAUGCUUGUGUACAGUAUCACUGAUGCUUGUGUACAGUAACACUGAUGCUUGUGUACAGUAUCACUGAUGCUUAUGUACAGUAACACUGAUGCUUGUGUACAGUGUCACUGAUGCUUAUGUACAGUAUCACUGAUGUCCUUCCUGACCCUGUAGCUGCUGUCCUGUACAUGUCAAACUGUGUGUGUACGAUCUCCUUUAACUACAUAGAAAUACAACACUUACAUGUUUUUGUCCUUUGACAACUUCACACAACUGUCUUUUUAAAUUUACAAAUCCAUUUUGCUUCAUUAAUUACAUUUUUUUUAAUUGUAAACUGUAUAUCUUACCCUAUCGAAACAAAGACUUCUUUCAUUUUGGAAUUCUGUGAAAUGUCGUUAUUGUGACACUGUGACAGAACAUAAUUUUAAGCUCAUAUCGCCACCGCCUCUACUGCUUGCACUUGACCAGACUCGACACUCUGUGACCUUGAGGUCAUUUGAGUUUGAGACCCCUGUUUUAAGGGAUGACAAACCACUGAUGGUGUGUGUAUGUGUGUGUGUGUGUGUGUGUGUGUGUGUGUACAGACUUGACCUUUUAACAACAGCUGUUUAUUAUUCAGAGUGUAUGGUUCCUAUAAAAUGAAUUUCAAAUGUAAAUGAAUUGAAAUAAGCAAGUGCUGUGUGUGUGUGUGUGUGUGCAAUAUGCACUUUAACAUAUUACACUUUAAUCAUUUGACAAGUACUUCAACAUAUGUGCAAGAAAGUCACUGGAAAUUGUGUUGUUUUUUUUUACCCUAAUACACAUGUGGUAUUGUACACAUAUCAUGUUGUACUUAAACGUUUGAAGGACGUCUAACAUUUAAACUGGUCCAUGUUGGAUCUGAAUAUGAUGCUUAUAUCUUAAGUGUUUCUGUGUCGUAAUGUAAAAGUGUAUUUUGUCAUUUUUUGUGUGUUGCGAACAAAAUGCGCACUUUUAACAGAGCUAGUUGGUACUGUUUUUUAUAUAUGUGUGUGUGUGUAUGUAUGUAUGUAUGUAUGUAUAUAUAUAUAUAUAUAUAUAUAUAUAUAUAUAUAUAUAUAUAUAUAUAUAUAUAUAUAUAUAUAUACCUACACUAAAUUUUAAAUUGCUCAGCUGUGAAUAUUGUGCAAGAUUUCGCUCUCGAAAUUCUGAUAUUUAAUGAAACUGGCCUGAAUUUUAAAUAAUAACGAUAAACUGUAGCAAAUGUUUUUCAGCUUUUAUUAAAACAGUGCUAUUAAUGGAUCAUGUUGCUUUUGUUUCUACUCGUGAAAACUCGGUCUUUUUAAUGCAGAGAAGCUGCUUCAGAAAACCUGCAUUGUCUCUGUUCAACCACAAGGAGGCAGCAUGAGCCUUUACAUGUCAUCGCUGAUCAGAACAGGAACCCCUGAAGAUCUGAGAUAAAGUCCUGUCACUAACGCAGUGCUUUUGUUUUAAUUAGUAUUCCAAAUAUAUUAUUGGAUACGUUCUGUUGCCUCAAACUCUUUUCUAAAACUUCUCUUUUCCUUUACAAAACACACAUCUUUGAUUAACACUUGUUAAUGUCUCUCAUGUUGUGUUUAUAACUGGCCACAUGUUAUUCAGCAUGUCACAAAACAAUGUAACAUCAACGCUGAUUAAAAGCAAGUAUAUUAUUUCCGUUUAAUGGAGGUUAAUUAAAGUGUAAUUUAAAGAAAACACUGUGAAAAACAAUGGCAGGGGGCAAAUUUUUUUUAUUAAAGAACACCAGAUUUCCAGA